AUCCUUAUACUGUUUCAGAAUUUGCUAACAAACAUUUUUACUGUGUUUUAAAUACCCGAACGAAUCGAUUUAAGAAUCAGUCUUGAUGAUAUUAUAUGGUUUUUUAUGGUGCUGGUGGUACUUGAAUGACCAAAUUCAGUACAUGUCCAUCACCUUUCGAUAUUUCAUGUUUCCGUGGUGCUCGCGUCGCAUACCCUCCAGUGCCCAGUGCUCGAUCCCAUUUCAUGGCUGCUGACGGUGUUUUCUGCUGACUCAGACGUCAGCUGGCGAAUUAUCCAUUUAAUACCAGGGCCCGUUUUACCUAGUUCUACCCUUGGUUCUACCGUGGCCGUUCUCUGCAUUUGUUUGUCACCGUGUGAGGUGGAAGAAGAAUGGGGAUGAAUGACGACCUGAGAAACCUUGAAGAUCCUCCAGAGGAAGAGGAGGAAGAGGAACUGGUUGACCCCCACGAGACGAUGCGGGAAGAGUGCCGCGCCAGUGGCCCGGCGCCCCAGCUGCGCGCCAAGUUCGAACAAUGCGAGGAGCGUGUCAGCAGCCGCAGUAAGACCGAGGAGACCUGCGUGGAGGAGCUGCUCGACUAUCUUCACGCCGUCGACCACUGUGCUGGUGAAAAGGUUUUCUCCGCCCUGAAGUGAUAUCCGGCAACACAGUCCGAAUUGUGUUAAUGCUUCGCCGGGUUCGAAGCGAACAUCAGUGAGCUGCGUGGUGCUUAACACCUCUUUGUUGUCUCCCAACAUAGGUCAUUAGUCCCUGCUGGAUGAUUACUAGCUUAUCAUGACUCGAGUGAGUGGCAAUACAGGGUGAAAGCCAU